CCGGAAGGAGGCGGGGCGAACCGGAAGAGGGUGAAAUGCUGUGGGUAGGCAGUCCAUGGCUGUGAAGAUGGCGGCGGCUGCGUGGCUUCAGGUGCUGCCUGUCAUUCUUCUUCUGGGGACUCAGAUAUCCCCAUUGUCUCUCUUCGGUAUAGGACCGGCACCCGUCGCUGCUGCUGAUCGAUCAAAAUGGCACAUUCCGAUACCGUCGGGGAAAAAUUAUUUUAGUUUUGGAAAGAUCCUCUUCAAAAAUACAACAAUCUUCCUGAAAUUUGAUGGAGAACCUUGUGGUGUAUCUUUGAAUAUAACCUGGUAUCUGAAAAGUGCUGACUGUUACAAUGAAAUCUACAACUUCAAGGCAGAAGAAGUGGAAACAUAUUUGGAAAACCUUAGGGAAAAAAAAGGCCUAUCUGGGAAAUAUCAAACAUCAUCAAAAUUGUUCCAGAACUGCAGUGAACUCUUUAAAACACAAAGCUUUUCUGGGGAUUUUGUGCGAUUGCCUCUUAUAGGAGAAAAACAGGAGGCUAAGGAAAAUGGAACAAAUCUUACCUUUACUGGAGACAAAACUGCAAUGCAUGAUCCAUUGAAAACUUGGCAAGAUGCACCAUACAUUUUUAUUGUGCAUAUUGGGAUUUCACCUUCAAAGGAAUCAUCAAAAGAAAAUUCACUAAGUAAUCUUUUUACCAUCUGUGUUUUGGCAGUGACUGUUGAAGUGAAGGGUCCCUUCGACUACCUCACGCUUGAAGAAUAUCCACUAAUGAUUUUUUUCAUGGUGAUGUGUAUUGUAUAUGUCUUGUUUGGUGUUCUGUGGCUGGCAUGGUCUGCCUGCUACUGGAGAGAUCUCCUGAGAAUUCAGUUUUGGAUCGGUGCUGUCAUCUUCCUGGGAAUGCUUGAGAAAGCAGUCUUCUAUGCAGAAUUUCAGAACAUCCGUUACAAAGGAGAAUCUGUUCAAGGCGCCCUGAUCCUUGCAGAGCUGCUUUCUGCAGUUAAGCGCUCCCUGGCUCGAACACUGGUCAUCAUAGUCAGUCUGGGAUAUGGCAUAGUCAAGCCUCGCCUUGGAGUCACUCUUCACAAGGUUGUGGUGGCAGGAGCCCUCUAUCUUUUGUUCUCUGGCAUGGAGGGGGUCCUCAGAGUUACUGGGUAUUUUUCUUAUCCUUUGGCUCUGAUAGUAAACCUGGCCCUCUCAGCUAUUGAUGCCUGUAUUAUUUUAUGGAUAUUUAUUAGCCUGACUCAAACAAUGAAGCUAUUAAAACUUCGGAGGAACAUUGUAAAACUCUCUUUGUAUCGACAUUUCACCAACACACUUAUCUUGGCAGUAGCAGCAUCUAUUGUGUUCAUCAUCUGGACAACCAUGAAGUUCAGGAUAGUGACUUGUCAGUCGGAUUGGCGGGAGCUGUGGGUGGACGAUGCCAUCUGGCGGUUGCUGUUCUCCAUGAUCCUCUUUGUCAUCAUGGUGCUCUGGCGACCAUCUGCAAAUAACCAGAGGUUUGCCUUUUCACCAUUGUCUGAGGAAGAGGAAGAAGAUGAACAAAAGGAGCCUAUGCUGAAAGAAAGCUUUGAAGGAAUGAAAAUGAGAAGUACUAAACAAGAACCAAAUGGAAAUAGUAAAGUAAACAAAGCUCAGGAAGAUGAUUUGAAGUGGGUAGAAGAAAAUGUCCCUUCUUCUGUGACAGAUGUAGCACUUCCAGCCCUUCUGGAUUCAGAUGAGGAACGAAUGAUCACACACUUUGAAAGGUCUAAGAUGGAGUAAAGAGUGGGAAGAUGUGUAGCUGAAGAUAGCUAGUUUCUGGAAGUGAUCAGCUUCUGUGUCAGUCUUCUAUACUGCUCCAUGGAAUUAAAGGAGGCAAUGACAUCCUGAUCUGUUCCUUGAUCUUUGUGCAUUGGAGCUGGUGAGAGGUGUCGGAACAAGGAUAUCAUCUUACUGACAACAAGUUCAUAGGACGAGAAAAAUCUACAAGUUUUGUAUUGACAUUGAUGCCCCUUUCCCUCCCAUACCUUGCCAUGGAUGUUAUCCAACUUAACGUGUGUUGUUCCUGAACCUUCUAUAAUGUUUAAAUUGUUUAAUGUGUCAAACUAAAAAGUUUAACAUCUUCUUAAGAACUGUGACAUCAACGCCAUAAUAUGUAAUCUCCAGGAGCAACUGCCUGUUCAAUUUUAUUUAUUUAGGGAGUUACAUAGGUGAUGGGGGAAAUUGCUAAUUAGCUUUCCAUUUCCUGGGAAGCCACGGUUACAUCUCGUCGAGGUAGUUUUGAGGGGAAAAAAAAGUCCUGAGUUAAGGAGCCAUGGUUCUUAUAAGUGAUUAAAAGAACAAAAAAAAAGGAGAGAGAAACUGUUACAGUAUGAUUUAGAUCAUUAAAAAAAAAAUCAAGUGCAAUUUUGUUUACAAAUGGUGUAUAUUAAAGAUUUUUCUAUUUCAGAUGUACUUUAGAGAGAGAUACUAUCCUAACUCUUUUGACAUCUGCUAUUGUGACACAUCCCAUUGCUGGCAAUGUGGUGCACUCUCCAGAACUUUUAACUACUGUUUUGUAAGCCUCUGAGGGUGGUAUUUCAGAGUCCUAGGCAAUGCUUUGUUUCUGCCUCAUGCCAUUCACUGGGCACUAGAUGCAGAGAGGCACUCCCAUCAAAGUGCUUGUGAGAGAGUACACUGCUAAAGGAACUGUAGUGCUUCCGAAGCAGUAGCUAACAAAGCAAAUAGAUCCUUCUGGCUUAAUUUAAACAGUUUUUCCUACAUGAAGUAUGGAGGCCCUGGAUUGCUGCUCAUUCUAUUAAAAAGUGACUGUUCUUGUA